CGUCGAGCAAAUGCAGAAUUUUCGCCGCGACGCAGACGGUACCAUGCGUUGAUGCCGCGGUAGCAUCGCCUUGCCCGUUGUGGCUGGUGUCUCCUGAAUUUUCUCUCGUGCCUUGCGUGGCGACCCGCUCGUAGCCGACGCUCCCCCGGCCAAAUUUUCUCGUCAUUCCACGAUCUCGGUAUUCCACCAGAUAGCAGCGAGGCAGCUCGGCACGUUAUUGUGGGACCACAAUGCAGAAAAUUCUCUUAGACCACGCUCACCAGAGCGUGGGGAAGCGAAGUGCUGGAAUUGCCGCUGGCUGGCGGCGCAAACGCGCUUGACAAGUCAUCGGCAGCAUCAUUCAAAUAGACCUGGCGAACCGUGGGUGCGGGUUAUCAUAUUAUUUCAUGGCAUUCUUGUGACUGCAUAUUCCUAAUCCCUGAUCCCAAGCUUCACUAUCUUUGAUCCGUCUGUUCGCGGUCGAGAUGGACGUCACGCCUGCUCCUGGUCCCCUCCAGGAGACCAUCCUGCCCAAGAUGGACCAGAAGUCGGAGAAAUCUGACAUUCACUCGUCAAGCGAUCUCGAAAAGCAGGUCCAUGGCCCGGAGGCGCAUCUGCAGAGGAAGCUGAAGAGCCGCCAUCUACAAUUCGUCGCCAUUGGUGGCACUGUCGGAACUGGUGUCUUUAUCGCCUCUGGCGGAUCAAUUGCAACUGCCGGACCGGUCGGUGCACUUCUCGCAUACAUCUUCGUCGGAACCCUCGUUUACGCCGUCAUGCUCUCGCUCGCCGAGAUGUCUACAUACCUGCCCAUCGCCGGAGCCUUCACGCAAUAUGCCGCUCGGUUUGUCGACCCCAGUCUCGGGUUCUCCAUGGGAUGGAUCUACUGGUUCAGCUGGUCCAUCACCUACGCUCUCGAAAUCACGGCUGCGGGCCUCAUUAUCCAGUGGUGGAAUUCUGACCUGAGCGUCGGCAUCUUCAUCACCAUUUUCUGGGUCCCGAUUACGCUCGUGAACUUCUUGCCCGUUGAUCUGUUUGGAGAAUUCGAGUUCUGGUUCGCCUCGCUCAAAGUCAUUGCGCUUAUCGGAUUCAUGAUCUUCUCCAUCUGUAUCAACGCUGGAGCCGGUCAGCAGGGAUAUCUUGGAUUCAAAUACUGGCACAACCCAGGGGCAUUCGCGCCGUAUCUCACCGAUGGGCCGAAAGCAAAGUUCGUGGGAUUCUGGGCAGUGCUGAUACAGGCUGGCUUUGCCUUCCAAGGAAGCGAAUUGGUGGCUAUUGGUGCAGGCGAGUCGUCAAACCCGAAGAUGACGAUGCCAAAGGCCAUCCGACGGACGUUCUGGAGUAUCUUCCUUCUCUUCGUGUUCACGGUCUUCUUCAUCGGCAUCCUCGUUCCUUACGACAACGAAGACCUCUUGACCGGCGAUACGAAUGCCGGCUCGUCUCCUCUCGUCAUCGCGGCGCAACUCGCAGGAGUUCAGGUGCUCCCUGAUAUUCUCAACGCUGUCCUUCUGACCGUCGUCCUCUCCGCUGCCAGUUCCAACGUCUAUUCCGGAAGCCGUAUCCUCGUCGGUCUGGCGGAGGAGCGCUGCGGACCUCAAUUCCUCAAGCGCACUACGAGGCGAGGCGUUCCGUAUAUCUCGACGGCUAUCACGGCUGCGAUGGGUCUGCUCGCAUACAUGAACCUGUCUAGCCACGGUGGCGAGGUCUUCAACUGGUUCCUGAACAUUAUUAGUGUUGCGGGCUUCAUUGCGUGGUCCUGCAUCUGCAUCUGCCACCUCCGGUUCAUGAGUGCGCUCAAGGCGCAGAACUUCGAUCGCGACACGCUUCCGUACAAGUCCUGGGGCGGUCGCACCCUCGCUUGGUACGGUCUGGUGUUCUGCGUCAUCAUCACCAUCACACAGGGCUUUACCGCGUUCGUCCCAUGGGUCACGGAGGACUUUUUCAUCGCCUACAUCAGCUUGAUCCUGUUCGUCAUUCUGUACGCCGGGCACAAAAUUGUAACGCGGUCCAAGUUCAUCAACCCGGCUGAAGCGGAUCUGGUCUCUGGAAGAUUCCAGGAGGAGCUGGCAGAAACAUGGGAGGAUAGCCCGAGGAGCCGGUGGAAGAAGGUCCUGAAUGCAAUUUUCUGAGCAUGAGGCCGAUUUGAUGGGGAUCUCCAAAAGUCGUUUCGAAUCGCAUCGCAUUUGUUUCGAAUAGCAUCGCAUAGCAUGGGAG